AUGCUCAACUCAACCCAGCGCCUCUUGCUUCUUGCAAUAUUGUUUUUGCCAUUCAUUUCUGAUCCCUUCUUGUUCCAAAAUAAAUGCUCAGUGUCGGCGUCACCUAUUCAAGGAAGAACCUUCAACAGACCCGAUCCUUUAAGACACUUCAAACGUUACCAUGGAGGUUUCGAUGUUCGAAACAAACAUUACCUCGCUUCUGCGGCAUUUACAGGAGUCCAUGGAUAUACAUUUGCCGGAGUGUGGUUGUUAUGUGGCCUAGCCUUCACCAUUUUCAUCUUAGCCAACAAGUUCCUAAGAGGUGGCUUAAGCUCACCACCAUGUUUGCACCAUUAUUAUCUCCACGUUUUCCUCUUACUUCUAUUCUUCACCUCUCUCGCUAUAGUUGCUUCCAGUUUGGUCCUCGUGGUGAGUCAGAAGACCCUUCGGAGGACAGAAAAACUGAAAGAAACUGUGGUUGGCAUAGGCAAAGAUGCUCUAGAGACCAUAGGCAGAGUGAUGAAGACAACGAAACAAAUGCAGUUCCUUUUGAUUCCAUACAAUCCAGAGAUUUGUGAUAGAUUGAAUUCCACUACUCAAGAUCUCCGAAGCAAUUCGCGUGUCAUCCGUCGUUUUAUCGAUACAACUGGCCAAUCCUUUCACAAAGCCACUCAUACUUGGUAUGUAGCACAUUUGAUUAUUGUGAUCGUCAACUUAGCCACUCUGGUUGGAGCGCUUGUUUUGCCGCUGUUGCUGCAUUCGCGCCCUGGAUUUAUAAUCGUAAUUUCCUGCUUUUGGAUCUUGACAAGCCUGUGCUGGUUCUUGACGGGUUUUGAUUUUUUCCUUCACACUUUUGCUGAUGAUGCAUGCUCUGCCUUUGAGGAUUUUGAACAAAAUCCACAGAACAGUAGCCUUGGCUCCAUGUUGCCUUGCGUUAAUGCAUCAUUCUCCGGCAAAUUGAUUACUGAAAUAGGAUACACCAUCCACAGUUUCAUAGUUGAGUUGAAUUCCAAUAUGUCAGUGGCUUAUCGGCUGCUAGGAGUAGUAGGUGAACAAAGUGAAGAAAUAAUGGGAGAAAUCAAGAUUUGUGACCCUUUCUCUGCAGCUCCAAACUAUACCUACAUUCCACAAAGCUGCUCCCAAGGUGCCAUCCCAAUUGGCGAAACAUCAAAAAUACUUGCAAAGUUUACAUGCCACAAAGAGAAGACAAGAGAGGAAUGCAGAAAAGAGGGAAGAUUUAUAACAGAAUCGUCGUACAACAUGGCUCAUGCCUAUAGCAGAUCCAUUCAGGACUUGUUGGACAUAUAUCCAGACUUGCAAAGGCUGUCAAAUUGCACCUUGGUAAAGAACAAAGUUACUGAAAUUGUGGAGCAUCAGUGCAGGCCAAUAAGAACUUCAACAACAUUGUUGUGGUCUUCUAUGAUAUCUCUCUCCAUCAUCAUGGUUAUCUUGGUCUUAGCAUGGGUAGCGGAGGCUUUUCUCUGCUGGGACAAACCCCUCUCUAUAUACUCUCACAUCUAG